AAAAGAAUGCAAAACUGAAAAAGAACGCGGCUGCUUUUCCGAUAUCAGCGCCGAACCAGACGGUAGCCGAUCGCCGGGUUGUAGCAAGCAGAAGCAGGCGAGCGCAAGCACCUCGUCAUGGGCAACAAGAACCACCUGACGCUGCCUCAGCGUCUCUACCAGGUCGACCUCCAGCUGGCCGUGCGCAUCUACGGUCUCUUUGGCCACUCCAAGGCGUGGCGGCUGCUCUGGGAGUUCUUUAGCCUCACGGGCGAUGGCAUCCUGUGGCUGCUCAUCGUGCUGCCGCUGCUCGCGCUCGCGUCGUUCGCCGGCAUGCUGGCGUCCAUCACGAACGGCCAAAAGGCCUUCCUCUACUUCUUCUACCUCUGCCAAUUCGUUGACAUUGUGUGCAUCGUCAUCUUCAAGCUCAUCUUCCGCCGCCAGCGCCCGCCGCACCACCAGUCGGAUGACCGCUUCGUCGGCCCCGACCAGCACUCGUUCCCGUCGGGCCAUGCAACGCGGUCUUGGUGCCUCGUCGCGCUCAUCGUGUACCUCGCCCACUACUACCCGCGCAUCCUCACAGACAUGCUCGGGGCGUGGAGCGUCCGUGCGAUGCCUACAAUCAUGGUUCUCUGGGCGACUGUCAUUUGCUUCUCGCGCCUCGCGCUGGGCCGCCACUACCCGAGCGACAUUGUCGCUGGCGGCGUCAUCGGGUUCUUCCUCGAGUUUGCCCUCUCGGCCGCCGCCAUGCGCUUUGUGUUCCCGGUCCUCCUCGCGUCCGUCGCCUAAGUUUAGCCGCGCUAGCGAGAUAUACUGACAAUAGACAAAAGACAACUUGUCUGUUUUUGACGAUCCAUA